UUAAAAGUGAGCCAACAGUAAUUUAUCUCACUAGCAUGCCUUAUAUUUGUGAAGAUAAUUGCUUGCCUGAGAUGGGAAAUAUGAGGAGCUCAAAGAAGCCAAGAAUCAUUAUGGUGCCAUAUCCAGCUCAGGGACACGUAAAUCCCAUGCAGAAGCUAGCCAUGGCGUUUCUCAACCUUGGGUUCGAACCAAUAAUGGUUCUUCCUCAAUACAUCUACAAUCAGAUUAUGGCUCAUCAUCAUCAUCUUGAUGAUCAGAUCAAGUGGGUUGGUGUAUCUGAUGGGUUUGAUCAGAAGGACACCACCACAGCAGAUUUCUUUGGGAUUGAAUCAGCCAUGGAGAACACCAUGCCUUCUCAGUUGGCGAAGUUGAUUCAGAAGCUUCAAGAUGGCGGUGGCGGCACGGUGGUUUGUGUGGUGGUUGACUUGCUGGCUUCUUGGGCUAUACAAGUUGGCCACAAGUGUGGUAUCGUUGUUGCUGGGUUUUGGCCUGUCAUGUUUGCGACUUACAGAUUGAUUGCUUCCAUGCCUGAAAUGGUUCGGUGUGGCCUCAUUUCGGAAACAGGACUUCCACAACAUGAAGGAAAAUUUUGCUCUUUACCAGAUAUGCCCAUACUAGACACCCAAGAUCUUCCAUGGCUUACUGGAACAGUGGCUGCAAAGAAGGCAAGGUUUAAAUUUUGGAAAAGAACUCUGGAAAGAUCUAGAACUCUCAGAUACCUCCUCGUCAAUUCCUUUUCCGAAGAAACCAAACUCGAGAAUUCUCAAAUGAGUCUUUUGCCCGUAGGCCAUCUUUUCAAUCACAUACAAACAAACAACAAUCCAAGCUUCUGGGAAGAAGACAAGAGCUGUUUGGAGUGGCUAGAUACUCAAAAUCCUAACUCAGUCAUUUACAUCUCAUUUGGGAGUUGGGUGAGUCCAAUUGGUGAAGCAGAGCUCACAAGUUUAGCAAUGGCACUUGAAGCAUCAAGAAGGCCUUACCUUUGGGUUCUUAAGAAAGCAUGGCUUGAAGGGUUACCAAAUGGGUUUGUAGAAAGGGUUUCAAAGCAUCAAGGAAAAGUGGUUUCAUGGGCACCACAAAUGGAGGUUCUGAGACACCAGUCCGUGGCGUGUUACUUGACACAUUGUGGAUGGAACUCAACGAUAGAGGCUAUACAGUUCAAGAAAAAGAUGCUGUGUUAUCCUGUGGCAGGUGAUCAGUUCUUGAAUUGUGCUUACAUUGUUCAAGUUUGGAAGGUAGGUAUGAGGCUCAAUGGACUUGGACUGAAGGAUGUGGAAGAAGGAAUAAGAAUGGUGAUGGAAGAUGUGGAAAUGGAAAUUAGGUUAAUGAAUUUGCAUGAUAUUGUUAUUGGAAGGGAUGAUGAUGUGAAGGAAGAUCUUAAUUUGAAGGCCUUCAUUGAAAACAUGAAGAAAGAAGCUAGUUAAUUAGAAUGUGCCUUUAAUUUUGUUCAGGAUGUUUUUUUUCAUGCAUGAACUUUGGCAUGCCAUGUAUUUGACCCAAAUUAAUGCAGUUGGCAGUUUAAGGAUACUUCUUUUA